AUGGCUCACCACACCAUCAAGGACGUGUAUGGUCCUGGCACAUUUACAGAUGUCACCUACACGCCCUUGCCCGCAGAAUGCCAGCGGCUGUUGCGAUAUUUCGGAGAGUUGUCUCCUGGUUUCACCAAAGACGCUUCGGCAGUAACCAACGUCGAUUUUCAUGGUGCUGAUCGGCCAGUGAUACCAGGGCCGUUGAAGUCUCAGGCAUUUUCUGCCGUUCUUCACGCCAUGAUUGGAAUCGUCGGCAAAGAAAUCUGUGCUCUCAAAGGUAUCGAUACUGGGAAAAUUUCCAUCGACGUGGACAAAUCCGGUCUUUAUCCAGCAUCGGUCGCACUUAUGUCCAUUCAAGGGAAAGACCUAGUUCAGAUUCAAAAAGACGGCACUCUUACCGGCCCGGGAACGGACCUCGAUAGAGGCGUUAUCAACAAGAAUCCCAUGCGAUAUCGAACCUGGGCAAUUUAUCCGACCAAGGAUCCUCGCGUGUGGUAUCAGGUUUUGGGAAACUUUGAUCCCCCUGGCUUCUUGAAGGCCUACAGUCUCGACGUGAAUGCAAACGUGUACUCCAGAGACGAGGCUUACGACACCAUCAAGGAAGAAAUGACCAAACAUUCGGCCGCCGAACUUGAGUUGAAGAACAUGGUGCAUGGCUUCUGCGGCCAAACAUGCUACACGCCAGAUGAAUGGAGGAACACAACAAUGGGCCAGCGCUUACACGCACAUCCAAUGGUCAACUACACUCAGGUCCAGGGAACAUCUCACCUCGCACCCGUGCCUUUCCCGGCCCUGUCUGACGAACGUCCGUUGGCAGGCAUAAAGGUGGUUGAGCUAGCUCGGGUCAUCGCCGGGCCUGCAAUGGGUGCUGCCUUGUCUGCCUUGGGAGCGGACGUCAUCAAAAUACAAAGCCCGAACUUGCCAGAUCUACAGCCUUUGAGUGUGACAUUGACGGCUGGAAAACGAACCUGCGCACUCGAUCUCAACAAUGCGAGCGACAAGGAAAAGGUAAAGGCCCUCAUAGAAAAUGCAGAUGUUGUCAUUCAAGCUUUCCGCCUGCGGUCGCUGGAACGCAAGGGGCUCGGUCUCUCCGACGUCGUUGACAUGGCCAACAAGCGCGGAAAGGGCGUUGUCUACGUCGACUUGAACUGCUACGGCCCGGAUGGCUAUUAUGCCGAGAGGCCUGGUUUUCAACAAAUUGCCGAUGCAGCGACAGGCUGUUCGUAUGUCUGCGGCAAGGCCUAUGGGUUUGACGAGGGGGUGAGCGUGCUCCCGUCUCUGCCUAUUGCAGACAUGCUUUCAGGGGCAGUUGGGGUUAUCGAUACCCUGCUGGCUCUCCGGGACCGCGCAGUGCACGGCGGGUCCUACCACGCUCACGUCGCUCUAGCGGCAAUUGACGCGGCGCAGUUAGAGGAGGAAGUUGGCCUUUAUCCUCCCGAGGUGGUCAAGGAGGUACAGGAGCGAUGCAAGUUUGCGCCCAUGACGCCGGACCUCCACGUGGAGGAACUCCUUUCCGUUGUGGCGGAAGCCUGGGCCCAGAACACCGAUCUGCUGCAGCGGCCCGGGUACAUGGUCAAGUUUACAGAGACGGCCUGGGGCAAGGAUCACGAGAUUCUAUCGCCAAUUGUCCAGUACGAGAACGAGUCAGCCAGCCCCUAUUGGAGCCAUGGACCUGUUCCGUACUGUGCAAGCACGAGCGAGAAUUGGACAGAGCAAUGA